UCAAGGUGGAGGCGCACCUCGACGGCCGGAGGAGGAUCCCUGACCAGAGGGAGAAGGUGUCCAGGUAGUGGCGCGGUGCGGUGCGGUAGCAAUAAGCUGUGCAGGGAGCUGGACCUGCAAAUAAGCUAAAGGAUGCGUGUGUGCAAGUCCCUCGCACAUGUUCGAUGUUGUGCUCGUUUGUACGCUUGUACCGAGAGGGUAAACUGUUAGCACCGAUUUUGCUUUGCCUUGAAGGCUGGGACGGACUCGAAAUCGGCCGAUUGACACCCGUGUAUGCGGUGGAUAUGAACGGCUGGGCCUCUCCGCGUAUUAUCCGUAAUGGAUCACUGCAUCUUUGUCUCUCGCAGGUAUUGGUGCUUUACACGGGAAGCCCAAAUUUGAACAAGGGACCAAAGCAGAGAGAGCUCCUGCUGCUAUUCGAGGAAUUUGUUCCACGUCCGCCGAAUCUCCCCGUCAAGAUAGGAGGCGACGACGAGGGGGGAACAGCAGGGGAUAAAGAUAGGUACUCUCCCACGAAGUAUCGCACAGUAAGGGUGUAUAGACCAGCUUGCUCCAGAGGGCCAAUCACCUUCGCGUGUGUGUUCGUCCGAUCAAAGUGCGUCGAGCGGCUAAUCAGGUAGAUUGUGAGAUGAUCUCGUGGUGGCGGCGCGAACAAGACUGCCGCCUAAGUCAAUGCUACUAUCACCGAUGGCCCCCCAUUCAUCCACGCCUUAGUAAAGACGAAGGGGGGAGCGAGCGAGGGGCGUGCCGAAACAUUGUCGGAAGAAACAUUGCCUGAGAAGUAGU